CGCUCUGUCCCUGGCUCCCCCAUGCACGGGGCUAGGUGUGCGCGCAGCUCUCCGGGCGCUAGUUUGUGCGCGCUCUCUGGCGCAUAUGCAAAUCCACGCGCCCCCAGCUGGAGUUAGGAUGCUGCUGCCGCUUCUUCCUCCUCUGCAAGACCCAGCUCCUGCAGACUUGUUCUCAAGACUAUGAAAUGACCAGUCCUCUUCACCUAGCAGCAACAGCAGCAGCCUGGGCACCUGACCUCCUCCGCGCAACCUUGAGCAGACUGGGGGGGAGAAAAAGGUUCCUCUCCUCACCUCUCCUCCUGUGCCUGGGUGCGGUGGCAAAGCCAGGGGGGCUGUGAAAGCAGCGCAGACUCGGGGCACGUUGGGGGCAGCCUUUGGGCUCUCCAGGCUGGACGAGUGGCAGGAGAAGCAGCCACUUGAAGAAGGGAGGGGGUCUUGAAAAGCUGCCCCCCUCUUCUUCCCUUCCUCCCCCCUUGCCCAAAGAAAGUGGAGUGCGGGGCUUGCUUCUUCCUGAGGACUGCUGGUGGUGGUGGUGUGUUUUUUUCCUUUGCUUGCUUCUCUGCCCAGCCAUGGGGAAAGGUCUGGAAAGCACGGCUGCCCGAUGCGGACUGGGACUGGGAUACUUACUGCAAACGUUCGUGUUACCUGCCCUGGCUAUCCUGAGUGCCAGCACCACGGGAUCCGCAGCGCAAGAUGAUGAUUUUUUUCAUGAACUCCCAGAAACCUUUCCAUCUGAUCCUCCAGAGCCUCUGCCUCAUUUCCUCAUUGAGCCUGAAGAAGCUUACAUUGUAAAGAACAAACCUGUGAACUUGUACUGCAAAGCCAGCCCUGCCACCCAGAUCUAUUUCAAGUGCAACAGUGAAUGGGUUCAUCAGAAGGACCAUGUGGUGGAUGAGCGAGUAGAUGAAACUUCUGGUUUGAUUGUUCGGGAAGUGAGCAUUGAGAUUUCCCGUCAGCAGGUGGAAGAACUCUUUGGACCUGAAGAUUACUGGUGCCAGUGUGUCGCUUGGAGCUCUGCCGGCACUACUAAGAGUCGAAAGGCCUAUGUUCGCAUUGCAUAUCUCCGGAAGACUUUUGAACAGGAGCCCCUGGGAAAAGAAGUGUCUUUGGAACAGGAAGUCCUGCUCCAGUGCCGUCCACCUGAAGGCAUCCCAGUAGCUGAGGUGGAGUGGUUGAAAAAUGAAGAGGUGAUUGAUCCUGUCGAAGAUCGGAAUUUUUACAUCACCAUCGAUCACAACCUGAUCAUCAAGCAGGCACGUCUUUCUGACACAGCUAAUUACACCUGUGUCGCCAAAAACAUUGUCGCCAAGAGGAAAAGCACUACUGCCACUGUAAUUGUCUAUGUCAACGGCGGCUGGUCUACCUGGACUGAGUGGUCAGUGUGUAAUGGUCGCUGUGGAAGAGGCUAUCAGAAGCGCACAAGGACCUGCACCAACCCUGCCCCACUCAAUGGUGGUGCCUUUUGUGAGGGCCAAAGUGUCCAAAAAAUAACUUGCACCACGCUGUGCCCAGUGGAUGGUAGAUGGACAGCGUGGAGUAAGUGGUCUACCUGUGGCACAGAGUGCACCCAUUGGCGCAGGAGGGAAUGUACAGCGCCAGCACCGAAGAAUGGUGGGAAAGAUUGUGAGGGUCUCGUUCUGCAGUCCAAGAACUGCACAGAUGGGCUGUGUAUGCAGAGUUUCAUUUAUCCUAUUUCAACUGAACAGAGAACCCAGAAUGAAUAUGGAUUUUCUUCUGCUCCUGACUCAGAUGAUGUAGCUCUCUAUGUUGGCAUUGUGAUAGCUGUAAUCGUGUGCCUAGCUAUUUCAGUGAUUGUGGCACUGUUCGUGUACCGGAAGAACCACCGUGACUUUGAGUCAGAUAUUAUAGACUCCUCGGCACUAAAUGGCGGAUUCCAACCCGUUAACAUCAAGGCUGCAAGACAAGAUCUCCUGGCAGUGCCACCAGACCUCACAUCUGCUGCAGCCAUGUACAGAGGUCCUGUCUACGCCUUGCAUGAUGUCUCUGAUAAAAUCCCAAUGACCAACUCUCCAAUCCUUGAUCCACUGCCCAACCUGAAGAUCAAGGUCUAUAGUACCUCGGGUGCAGUCACCCCACAGGACGACCUGUCUGACUUCUCAUCCAAGUUAUCCCCACAGAUAACUCAGUCUCUUCUGGAAAAUGAGACCCUGAACAUGAAAAACCAGAGUCUUGCUCGACAAACAGACCCAUCAUGCACUGCUUUUGGCACCUUCAACUCCCUUGGAGGUCACCUGAUCAUUCCCAAUUCAGGUGUAAGUUUGCUGAUCCCUGCAGGGGCUGUUCCCCAGGGAAGAGUCUAUGAAAUGUAUUUGACAGUUCACAGGAAGGAGAACAUGAGGCCACCAGUGGAAGACAGUCAAACUCUUUUGACUCCCGUGGUGAGCUGCGGGCCUCCAGGAGCGUUGCUGACACGGCCUGUCAUUCUAACUAUGCACCAUUGCGCAGAGCCAAACACAGAAGACUGGAAGAUCCAGCUGAAGAACCAAGCAGCCCAAGGACAGUGGGAGGACGUGGUGAUGGUUGGAGAGGAGAACUUCACCACCCCAUGCUACAUCCAGCUAGACCCAGAAUCCUGCCAUAUCCUGACAGAAACACUUAGCACCUACGCCCUGGUGGGACAAUCAACCACCAAAGCAGCAGCAAAACGUCUCAAGCUGGCCAUCUUUGGGCCACUCUCCUGCUCGUCGCUGGAAUACAGCAUCCGAGUCUACUGCUUGGAUGACACUCAGGAUGCCCUUAAGGAAGUUCUACAGCUGGAGAGGCAGAUGGGAGGACAGUUACUGGAAGAACCAAAGGCUCUGCAUUUUAAAGGAAGCACCCACAACCUCCGUCUGUCCAUUCAUGACAUUGCCCAUUCUCUCUGGAAGAGCAAAUUGCUGGCUAAAUACCAGGAAAUUCCCUUUUACCACAUCUGGAGUGGGUGUCAGAGAAAUCUACAUUGUACCUUCACCCUGGAAAGGUUCAGCCUGAGCACGCUGGAGCUGGUUUGUAAACUCUGUGUACGGCAGGUCGAAGGAGAAGGACAGAUCUUCCAACUCAACUGUUCGGUGUCAGAGGAACCUACUGGCAUUGACUAUCCUCUCAUGGAUUCAGCAAGUACCAUCACCACCAUAGUGGGACCAAGCGCUUUCAGUAUUCCCCUCCCCAUCAGACAAAAGCUCUGCAGCAGCCUUGAUGCCCCACAGACCAGGGGCCAUGACUGGAGAAUGCUGGCCCACAAACUGAAAUUGGACAGGUACCUAAAUUAUUUUGCUACAAAAUCGAGUCCUACUGGCGUGAUCCUAGAUCUUUGGGAAGCCCAGAAUUUUCCUGAUGGCAACCUGAGCACAUUGGCAGCAGUCCUUGAAGAAAUGGGAAGACAUGAGACAGUUGUUUCUUUGGCAGCAGAAGGAAAAUAUUGAUGCAACCUUGGAAUGAAAAAGGAGGAAUGGAACUAGGGUAGUGGUAUUGCCCUGUGAGCUAUGAAUAAGAAACAAAACGAAUACCCAGACCAAUGAGUUUCACAAAAGACAUUUCAGAGAAGGAAAAAUCAGCCCUGACUUUCACAUAUGUUCUCCUUGUACAUUAUGACAGGAUCUAAAAGAAAUCAUGCAAAGUUGUACCUUGAAAAUAUAAAUCAACCUAACGUUCCCCUCAGCUUGGCUGUACACUGCUUGGUACAGGAUUUUACAGUUUCCUAGGAAACGCUUUUUAUUGCUAUCCAGAUGUAUGGAUAAACUUUCUUAACAAUCCCAGUUUCUAUGGACGUUGUUUACAUCAAAUACCGGACAGGGGUAAGGAGACUGCCCAGGGCUCUUUAUAUUUUUGUUUAAAGCCAUUCUAGACAAAGCUGUGGACAGUUGGUUGUGGCUAUUUCAGAUGAUCAAUUUCCAGUGAAAUUCAAACUUUGGCUACAAAUCCGUCCAUCAAGUGUCUCAAAAUAAUCCUUCCAUCAUUGUUCUGUUUCUUAGAUCUGGUUGAAAGGACCACUGUUUUGAAACGCAUGCAUCUGGAAAGCAGAUAAUCUGGGUGCUAAGCAGGAAUGCAUGUCUCUCUCCCUGCCUCUCCCAAGGGAAUUCCACGGGUUCGUUGUGAAAAAUAGUUGUAGGAUUGUAGGGACAAUAGGGAUUCAUUUUCAACUCACAAUAUAACCCACUCCCUUCUUAAAGAAAGUGUGUGUGUGUGUGAGAUAGAUGCAAUUUGGAGUGUGGGUUGGGUGGAGGGAAAUAACCCUGCAAACAGAUUUUGCUGUAAUGAUUAUUUACUGAUAAGUAUCUAAUGCAAGGAUUAUUAUUAUUUUAUUUUAAUUUCUAAUUUGUCAGCAAUAGCAUGUAUCAUUCAAGUGUAAGCAGAACCUGUUCUCUCCCUUCUGGUGCUGCAUGGGUUCUUCUAACACACUUCCCUUCAAAUGCCACUCUCCCUCCCCCUCUCCAGCCUUUGUGCUCACCCUCCAAGGCCUCGGGUUGCCAGCAGGGCAUGCUCACAUGGUUAGCAUCCACUGGACCAGAUCCUCCACUGGUGUAAAUUGAAGUCAAUGAUUUAAACCAGCAGAGGAUCUAGUUCAGUGAGUGCCAACUAUCACAUCAUGUGAGCUACUGCCAGGGGCGGCUCCAGGCACCAGCACACCAAGCACAUGCCUGGGGUAGC